CUUGUGAAUGUAUAAUGAUUUGAGCCGCAGUUGUGCUUUGUCACUGUGUCGCGUUCAUCGAUUACGGUUGCCUGCUAGCAAUAUUUCCAAGAUGGUGGAAGUGAAGGAAGCUGCCCCAGCGGCCGAAGAGCAGAAGCUCAGCAAGAGUCGGGAAGCAAACUGGCCAGCGGUUCUAUUCUUCAUACACAUACAUCUGCUGUCUCUUUACGGAACAUACCUGUUGCUCUUCGAAGUCAAAAUGAUGACACUGCUGUUUUUUAUUCUUUUGACGUCUGUGGCAUUAUUGGGGAUGACGACUGGAGCGCAUAGGUUGUGGGCACACCAAGCUUACCAGGCUAGCACAGGACUGAAGAUCACACUCAUGCUGUUCCAAACUUUAGCUGGAAUUGGUUCCAUAUACGACUGGGUGAAAUACCACAGAUUCCACCACGCUCACUUUGCCACUGACGUUGAUCCCUACGACUACAACCAGGGAUUCAUUCACUCACACUUACUGACACGUCUGAGAAAACUGAGCCCUCACCAAGAGAAGUUGAUGCAAUCGAUUGAUAUGUCUGACCUUGAAAAAGAUUCCGUCGUUAUGUUCCAAAAGAGAUUAUACUGGGUUCUGUACGCUAUAAUCUUUGCACUGCUGCCACUGAAUGCUCCUCUCGAGUACUGGGAUGACACCAUCCUAAGUUCAGCAUUCGUUAUCGGAUUCCUUCGUUACCUAGUCGUUCUUCAUGGAUCCUGGUUGAUCGAGAGCGCGAUAUGUGUUUGGGGAUUGAAGCCUGGUGAAAAAUCACCUCCUGACACGAACGCAGUAUUUAUUUUGACGAAGACAUUCUGGCCUCACUACCACUACCUGGUGCCAUACGAUUACAAAUCCGGAGAAUACGGAACUUAUGAUUCUGGUUGUUCCACGGCGUUCAUUCGUGUAUGGGCAGCACUUGGCCUAGCCACCAAACUACGAACAGUUGAGACAGUAACUAUCCAGAAGGCCUUAGCUGAGUCUGCGAGGACCAAAAAGGACCUAAAGGCCUGCAUAGAUGCAGCUGUCAACAACCAAAAGCUACCUGAAGAACAUUAUCUUAAGAGAGCUUAAUGUUACGUUGUAAUUAGUUUUAUUUAGGUUUAUUUUAUGGUAAUAUAAUACAUUUUU